GCAGAACCUGAAGCCUCCUUCCAUCUUAAGAGUAGUCUCUUGUCCCUUCCCCCCAGGGCCUAGGACGCCUACUCCAGCCCCUUCACAAGGACACAGAAGUCACAGGCGCUUUUCCCAGGACCCAAGACUCCUCCACGUAACUCUUUUCCCGUCUGAAACGGAGUUUCGGGGCCCCAUCCUCGCCUGCCCUUCUUGGUCAAGGGACCAACGCUGACGUUCUCACCCUUGUUGGCCACCUCCCAGGCCACCUCGAAAAGCACUGCGUUCUCGGGGUCGAAUUCAUCCUCCCAGUCUUCCAAUCCUGGAAGCGAGGACACAGAGAGACUGCGGCUGAGAGGCAUGGCUACUGCGGGCAGGGGACUUCGAGCACCAAAACUGGAAACCAGAGAGAUCGGCUGGGAACGCAGCAGACUUGGUGACCGGUAGAGUUAGCGGGUGUCCCAGGGGAAGCUUGCAAGGCGCUCCGCUUCCUAUUGCACGACCGCACCCCCGCCCCAGAGCGCUCCGACUCAGAGAUGACUGGAUGACCGGGAGCCUAGAGAGGAUAAAGACCGCGCUCCUAGCCGAUUUCCGUUUCCGCUGAGGCAUUGGCGGUUGGUGUGCAUCAUGGCAACCGUGGCAGCCACCACCAAAGUCCCUGAGAUCCGAGAUGUGACAAGAAUCGAGCGAAUCGGCGCUCACUCCCACAUCCGGGGGCUGGGACUGGAUGAUGCCCUGGAGCCAAGACAGGCUUCCCAGGGAAUGGUGGGGCAGCUAGCUGCCCGGCGUGCAGCUGGCGUGGUGCUGGAGAUGAUCCGAGAAGGGAAGAUUGCAGGGCGGGCCGUCCUCAUUGCAGGCCAGCCAGGCACUGGGAAGACAGCCAUUGCCAUGGGCAUGGCCCAGGCACUGGGCCCCGACACACCAUUCACAGCCAUCGCAGGCAGUGAGAUCUUUUCUCUGGAGAUGAGCAAGACUGAGGCUCUAACGCAAGCCUUCCGCCGUUCCAUUGGUGUCCGGAUCAAGGAGGAGACAGAGAUCAUUGAAGGGGAGGUGGUAGAGAUCCAGAUUGACCGGCCAGCCACAGGCACGGGAUCCAAGGUGGGCAAACUGACCCUCAAGACCACGGAGAUGGAGACCAUCUACGACCUGGGUACCAAGAUGAUCGAGUCCCUGACCAAGGACAAGGUCCAGGCCGGAGACGUCAUCACCAUUGACAAGGCCACCGGCAAGAUCUCCAAGCUGGGCCGCUCUUUCACACGUGCACGGGACUACGACGCCAUGGGCUCCCAGACCAAGUUUGUGCAGUGCCCAGACGGAGAGCUGCAGAAACGCAAGGAGGUGGUGCACACCGUGUCCCUCCAUGAGAUUGACGUCAUCAACUCCCGUACUCAGGGCUUCCUGGCCCUCUUCUCAGGAGACACAGGGGAGAUCAAGUCAGAAGUCCGAGAACAGAUCAAUGCAAAGGUGGCUGAGUGGAGAGAGGAGGGCAAGGCAGAGAUCAUUCCUGGGGUGCUGUUCAUCGACGAGGUCCACAUGCUGGACAUUGAGAGUUUCUCUUUCCUCAACCGGGCCCUGGAGAGCGACAUGGCGCCUGUCCUCAUCAUGGCCACCAACCGAGGGAUCACCCGGAUCCGAGGCACCAGCUACCAGAGUCCCCACGGCAUCCCCAUCGACCUGCUGGACCGCUUGCUCAUUGUAUCAACGUCACCCUACAGUGAGAAGGAUACCAAGCAGAUUCUGCGCAUCCGCUGUGAGGAGGAAGAUGUGGAGAUGAGUGAGGACGCCUACACAGUGCUGACCCGCAUUGGGCUCGAGACCUCCCUGCGCUAUGCCAUCCAGCUCAUCACAGCGGCCAGCCUGGUGUGCCGGAAACGAAAGGGCACCGAGGUGCAGGUCGAUGACAUUAAGCGUGUAUACUCCCUCUUCCUGGAUGAAUCCCGCUCCACACAGUACAUGAAGGAGUACCAAGAUGCCUUCCUCUUCAAUGAGCUCAAAGGCGAAACAAUGGACACCUCCUGAGCUGACCUGACACCCCAGCCCUUCCCACCCCAUUUUCUACAAGUUCUAACACUGUGACUUUAUAUAAAAUUAUUGAAAACUGGA